GAAGAAGAAGAAGUGGGAGUUCGGCGUAAAGAAGCUUGCUGCCGCAACAGAGUCAAGCAUUGGUCGCUUGGGAGUUUUCGCCACUAUGUAUUCAAUGUUUACUGUGAAAAACAUUCGCGAAUUAACAUGUUUGUUGGCUCAGAUUUGUACUCUAAGCCUGUCAAUGGCAGAAGAUCAGGAUUUUAUGGAGGACUUUUUAAAACGGGAAUAUUCUCUGGUAACGCCUUACCGUGGGUUGGGCUUGUCAAGCUCUUCAUUGUGGGAUCUGAAGGGUACUGCUAUAGUGACAGUUGACCAUGUGAGGCUCACCGCGGACCAGCCAGGUAGACAGGGCGCUGUCUGGAGUCGAAUUCCUUUGCUGUUACGUGACUGGGAAUUUAAGGUGCACUUUAAAAUCCACGGGCAAUCAAAGAAGAAAAUGAAUGGAGAUGGUCUUGCCAUCUGGUUAACCAAAGAGCGCAUGCAGGAAGGGCCUGUUUUUGGCAGCAGAAAUGAGUUCACUGGCCUUGGAGUAUUUGUGGACACUUAUCCCAAUACUGGAAACUAUGAUAGGGUUUUCCCUUAUGUGUCAGUGAUGUUGGGGAAUGGGACUCUGUCUUAUGACCACAAUAAGGAUGGACACCCCACUGAACUUGGAGGCUGCUCAACUAAGGCCCGAAAUGCAAGACAGGACACAUUUCUGCUUAUCAAAUACACCAAAAACAGAUUGACGGUCAUGAUAGAUGCCGAUGGUAAACAGAUUUGGAAAAACUGUGUCGACAUCCCGGGUCUACGUUUGCCUAAAGGCUAUUACCUUGGGGCCUCAUCUGCCACAGGAGAACUCUCAGAUAACCAUGACAUCAUCUCAAUGAAGUUGUACGAGCUGACAGUAAAGAGAGGCCCAGAAGAGGAGCUGCUCAUCCCUAGGCUGGACCACGGCAUGGGGCCAUUCCAAGUGGAAAUCGAAGAGGAGCGGAUGAGUGGAGUCCAGCUCUUCUUUACCCUGCUCUUCACCAUCCUGGGCCUGGGUGUGCUGGCAGUGGUCGGGUUAAUAGUUUACGGGCGCUGGAAGCAAAACAAACGCAAACGCUUCUAUUGAUGAAAACUGAGUCCUGCCACACAGGCUUUAAGAGCAGACGUUUUGUGGUUGACACAGCCCGCAAUACAAAAGACAGUCAUAACCUUACCAUACCGUACAAGCUAAUGAACAAUGAGUCUGAACCCUGUAGCUAUUAAUGGGUGCCAGGUGAAAUUAUGAACCAGCAAGGAAAGGUGUAGUUGAGAACUGCAAUUAGAUGAAGCUGUUUUACUGUAGAAGAUAACUUCAAUAACACUGUAAUUGAUAUGCUGUGAAAUGACAAUGUGGUCACAUUUCCACCUACAGAAAUGUAUAACACAAAAAAUCCAAACCAAUCCCUGAAUCAGAUUCUGUGCAAUUAAGUAGCAGUAUUUUGCUUUACAAUGUCCUUCCCUACCUUAACCACUGGGUGCUGCCAGCAUGAAACCUUUGUAGGAUUGUCGGCGUUUACUUCAAGGAAAUUUCAUUUUUGGGGGAUCCUGAUGCACUAGACCUGUGUUUGCAACAAGAGGAUUUAUGUUAACUGUUACAAGCACUUGCGAGUGACUGGAGUCUAGCUCAAGCAAAAUUUAAUUAGUUCUUCAUAUUUGGAGACACUCAAUUUUUUUUCUUUGUCACGCACUACUUUUCCACACAUUCUUCUUAGCCCUUUGUGUCUUUUUAGGCCAUUUUAUAUUGUCAUAAACCUACAGCAUAGCA